AUGCGAUUACGUUCUCAAGGUCACUAUGGUUUGACUGUGGAUUUCAUAUUCAAUAAUGCUGAAGAUCAAUCAGGUCCAGUUAAGAGUGAAGUAUGUAAUUGGUGUGAUAUGAACAAUGAAUUAUCAAAGCUGAAUUUGAUUAAACAAAAUCCAACAACAUGUAUUUGGCUCGAUGCACAACUGAGAAAUAAAUUAAUAGUUACACCACGACGACAUAUUGAACGAUUAUCGAAGAUGACAGAAGAAGAAAUGACACAGUUUUGGAAAGAUACCAAAAUUGCUUUAGAUGAAGAAGGAUGUGAUUGGCAAAGUAUGACUCUAAAUCAUGGAAAAUACCGAAAACAAUUUCAUCUUUAUAUGAAAAUCAAUAUUGACCAACAUCAAUGGAAUCAGCAUAUUAAAAAGAAAUAUGAAGAGAAAAUAAAACAAAUACAACAUUUACUCAAGUGUAACGAACAUGAUCUUAUUGAAAUUUAUUCUAAUGAUCGGAAAUGGAACCAAUGGAGUGAAAUAAGAAAUAAUAAAAUAAACGGAAAAACAUGCAUAAAUUGA